UUUGAUAGCCAUAAAAAAAAACUUAUUGAUUGACAUUUGAUUGAUUGACAACAAACCUAAUUAAAUGAAAAUUGCAUUUUGUAAACAUAUUAAAUUCGAACUACAUGAGCUGUGAACUGGAAUUUAAUUAAAAUGUAUUAUGUGGAUGAACAGAAAACCCUGACCCGGCGUAGUAGCUCGCUGGUCGUGGAAAGGAUCCAGGAGAAGAGGGAAUCUGAAGCUCAGCCUCAGCCAUCCGCUAGAGUGGAAUCCACUCCGCGCUUACAAAGCGAAUCCAUUUCCUCAAUAUCUUUCCAACCGAGGAUCGAUGUACGAACGGAAAUUAUUAAUAAAAUGUUCGAGGCCAUGCUGCCACACAUUAUUGAGUCAUGGGAGGUGAUCAAACCACUUGAGGAGCCAUUGGGUUUAGUUUCCGAAAUUAACAUUCCGACGUUGCCAAUUGCCACUACUGAAAAGCCCGAGAAGGUUGAGAAAAUGACGAAGAAAAGGGCGUCAAAACAAAAGAAAAGCCAAGUAAAAUCUGAAUCAAUUCAAAUGGUGAAUAUAUCGCCGAGUGAGCCGAGUUUGUCGACCAUUCCCAGCGAGCGCGUGGUCAUCCGUUUCCGGAACGGAAACAGCUACGAAGGCCCCGUUUACAUGAAACGCAUGCACGGCAAUGGACGUUUCCAAUGGGCUGAUGGUACUAUUUACAUGGGAAAUUUCGAAAACAACGUUAUAACGGGCCUCGGAAAAAUUCAGUUCAAAGACGAGACAUGGUAUGAGGGUGAGUGGGCCGACAACAUCAGGCACGGGGCCGGUCUGUUCGUGGAUUCGCGGCAGCAGCGCUCCUACAGCGGCGCCUGGAGCCUCGGCGCCAAGCACGGCCGCGGCGUCAUACACUACGGGAGAGACAAUUUCUACGACGGAGACUGGGAUAAUAACACCCGCAGUGGAUUCGGGACCCGCGAAUACUGCUUAUCAAGUGGAUACAAAGGGGAAUGGAAAAACAAUGUCAUGGAGGGUAAAGGGUUAAUGAUAUGGCCGAACCACGACUUUUACAGAGGUGACUGGAAAAUCGGGAAGAUGUGGGGCUACGGUGUGUAUACGUGGGAUGCCUACAAGAACAUGUCCAUGGCGCAUCCCACACUGAGCGUGUACCGCGGCGACUGGGAACGCGGUAUGAGGAACGGAUACGGAAUACUCGACUUGGGAUUCUCUCUGGGAUCCCAGUACAAAGGAGAAUUUAAAGACAAUAAAAAGCAUGGAGUAGGAAAAUUCAUCACCAACAACGGUUUCAUCAUACAAGACAGACAUUUGUUCAAUAACGAUACUAUGGCGUCGUUUGCUUCGGAGAAGGAAUCCGACUAUAUUAGCUACUCCAAAAACGAAAGAACACCAAUUGUACUCAAUAUGUGUGACGGUACAGUGGGAUUAACUUACCAUAUAAAUGAAGCUCUUACAAAUAUUGCUAAGGACGAAAACAUUAGAGCUGAUAUUAUUAAUGAAUACAUAGAAAACAAUAUGGGUGAUUGCAAGCUCGAACCGAGCUACGUUCGUAGACAAACGGACAUCCCCUUAAAUCUUGAAGACUUCGUGCAGUUUGAAGUCAGAUCCUUACAGAAUGCUUUGCAAUGCUACCAAGAAGAACUUCAACGUAUUUAUAACCAGUACGCAACUAUUUGUAAUACUGAAGAAAUUGGUUUUACCCCUAUUUUAAUCCGAUUGUAUUUAUGGCAAUUAUUCUACGAUUGUGACAUUCAUGAUAAGGGACUGACUCUUGUAACUAUGGAUAGAAUGUUUCACCGCAAUCCCAAAUGGAUGGCGAGAAGUUUGCACCACCCAUUUGAAAAAGUUUACUACUGGCAGUACUUACACAAUCUGGUGGCUGUCGCUUGUAAAUUGUAUUGUGACACGAAACUACCUUCUGCGAAGCCAGAUACAAUCGUGGCAGCUGCCUUCAGAAAAUUCAUGGAAAAUGACUUGAUACCUAGUGCUGGAAAGUGUAAAGGAAAGCUAGUGAACGGCUACGGGCGGUCGAUCCCGCUGAAGCCCGUAUACCGGCUGUACCGGAGCCUCGGCGAGCCCCACUCGGUACGCGCCUUCCUCCGCGCAGUGCGGCGCCCGCGGCACCAGGCGGCGUGGAGCCCGCAGCCGGGCCUGGUGGAUGUGCCAGCUGAUGCGCCACUUGUCGAGGGAACCAACGCGUAUCGUGUCGGCGACGAACUGCACUUUGUCCCGAAUAAACUAUAUAACGAUAUUGAUCCUGAACAAUUCAGCACUCCGAGCUCAAUGGACUUAAAAUUAUUCAAUUUUGGAAAUUUGACUACUAAAAGUAUGAUAAACAUUUUUGCUGAAAUAUUUCCCCAAAUGUUGGAAAAUGGUCACAUCAUGUGCAUCGACACGGAUCUUACGUUUUUGGAAUUUUUCGAAGGGUUUAUAGCUUGCGCUGAGGAGAGUAUCAGGGUUAAAGACGAAGAACUAGAAUGGAGAGAGAAGUUUUCCAAAAGUAAGGCGGGUUCUGUCAAAGGAAAAUAAAGGAUCUCUAUCUCUACAUAAACACUUAAUUAGUUAA